AUGUCAGAACUUUCUCAAAUGACAUUGAAAAUACUUUAUACAUUAGACAAUGGGUCCAAUGGGAGUUAUUUGGCUCGCUCUAGGGCUCCAACACAGGUAAGAGUAGCUAGUAUCCAUAGCCCAUUUUCAACAACAUCAAAUGAGCAGACAGAGUUGCGAAUUGGCGCAAUCCAUUUGAAAACCAUAUUAAACGAAAUAUAUCUAAAUUCUCCCGAAGUAUUGGAUCAUGAUACCUUAAAAGAUGGACAUGACUACAACCUAUAUUACCGUGAUAUCUGUGAAGUUGAUGAGCCAUUAGUAAGUCUUGGUCUUCUUUCCAAACUUCGAAAAAAGUUCCAUAAAGUUUAUAACAGCCCUUACCAGCAUACAGAAAACGAUAUGGGUGAAGAAGAAAAUGAGGAGCGUAAUGAAGUGAUUGACGAAGAGUAUGAGGAUGAAUCUUUCAUAGUGACAGGAAGAGUUUGCUCCAAUGUUUCUGCUUUACUACGAAGAUCGUACAGUAACGCCUCGAGUAAAAAUGGAAGGGUUGGAAACAGCCAAGUUCCAGAAGAGACUUUGGAAGUUAAACUAAGAUUCUCUAAGGUUAUAACUAGCACAAGGAACUCUUGUAACCGCACUUCGAAUCCUAGAUUAUCAGGUUAUCAAAUGCAGUCCCCUUCUCUCUCAUCAACAACAUUUCCAUUUACCUCAAGAACGCAAACACUUUCCAAAACAAACCAAAUGAAAAAUUCAAAGAAUACUAGGACCACAAUAAUAGUGAAUAAUACUAGUAGUGGGACUUCAGGACGAAGGCAGACCAAUCCAAUGCCUGCUCCGAAAGCUGUUAGAACACAGUCUCUGCCUAUCUGGAACCUUAAACCAAAUACAACCAACACUGGUUUCCCAAGAAAUUCAAUUGCGCACAAAAUAUACUUGGCAGAUAGAAAAACAGAAGCUAACCAACAGAAUAACCAACACCAAAACAUAGCCUAUGAAAUUAACACUUUACAAAACGAUAAUACUAUUCAAAAGACUAAGAUCGAUGAUUCGGUAAGCAAGAGGUUUGACUUCAUGCUCAACAAACGGAAAUCCACAAAAAAAGCAUCCACUACAACAACAGCAACGAUGGCCAAAAAACUGGCCUCAGUAAACGUUAAUUCUAAACAAGUACCGAAGAUCAACAAUGAAAAAAAAGUAAGUGAUAAACAGACCAUUGUCAAAGUAAAGAAUUCAUAUUCUAAAAAUUCCGUCAAGCCCACGCAGGUAGCCCCCAGGCGGUCAUCUUUAGCGGGACCAUUGAGCGAUAGCGUUGACUUAAUUAUAAAUGACAUAUUAACAGAAUCAGUUAGUCAAGGACAGAAAGUGCAGCAGAAACAAAAACAACAUAAAACGUCCCUAACUAAUGAAAUUGAUAAAGAAAACAUCCCACCACAAAACAUAGCUGGUAAAGAAAACAAGCUUUAUGACGAGAUAGAUUUCGGUACGGAGUUCCCCAUGAAUGACUUUUCGGACGUAGAAUUUAAAGACGAGAUGGGAUGGUUGUCCAAUUUCAAUUUCUUCGAAUCACCAGCUUCCGUAAGUGGCUCCCAUCUUAAUCAACAAAAUUCGAAGCCCUCUUCUACAACACUCAACGACCCAAACACUUGCAACACUAUUGCCUUGGAAAAUGAAGAUGGUAAUGACUUGGAAGUAGUACAAAAUAGUAAGAUUUCGAUGCCUAGUGACGUUGACAAGACUUCUCCAAUAGAAUCGUUGUCUAUACCGUUAAUUGAACUUACCCAUUCAAGUUCGGCAACGAAUAUGCAACUUAUGCCAGUCAAGGGAGGAUCAACUUCGAAUUCAGUUGAUAAUAGUGAUGAUACUCCCUCUGAUAAUGAUACAAAAGAGAGAAAAACGUACAUAAUAGACUCGGAUAGCUCAAAACCUCCGCCAGGGCUUAUGAAUUUUUCAACUCCAGCUGAUCAACCAGUUUCUGAUAACGCUACCACUUCAAAGAAGCUAAUUAGUCUUUCAGAAGUUCAUCAAAGUAAGAGACCUCAUGAAGAAGGUCCGGACGAGGAGGACGAGGAGGAGGAAGUACUUAAGAAACAAAAGGCAAUACCCUCUUCACCAUGUGGGAUGUUCAAUUACCAUCAACCCAUAGAAUUAUCUGAAGCUAUGGUUGACGGAGAGCAAGAACAAGAUAUUGUUAAUGAUGAUGAGAGUGAUAAAACCAACGAUUUAUUUUCAACUUUUGUUAUCUCUAGAAGAGCAGGAAGCCAGGUGGUAACGAGUCCCAUCGGUGAAUUUCAGUCUUUGAAAGACUAA